AUGGAUACAGAAAUGGAUAAUGUAAAUGAUCAAAUAACUGCAAUAGAACAAGGAGGAAAUAUAGCGAUAGAGCAAAAUGAAUUUAAUAAUAUUAACGGAAAUGAUAAUUUAUAUUCUCAUAACAAUAAUAACUACUGGCCAAGCGAUGAAGAAUCAGACGAAGCAGCACCAUUUGCAUACGAGGCAUUACCUCAGGAUGAAAAUGAAAUCAAUGAAGACGAAGAUGACGAAAAUGAUUACUAUAAAAAUAGUAAUGAAACUCAAAUACCAACAGGAAACACACAGCUAUUAUCAUCGUCAUCGCAAACAAUAACAACAUCAACAACUUUUCCUCCUCCACCAAUACUAACAAUUCAAGCAAGUAAAAUAGAAAUGAUACAAACUAAUGAUCUAUCGAUAAUUAAUGACGUCAUGCAAAAUAUUAGGAUUCCAGAAUCCGCUGUUCCUGAAUGGGCAAGAAGUAUACCUGAAGAAUCGUGGUUACCGCGUGUAAUUGUAGUAGAUGAUGGAAAUGAAAAUAUCGAAAAUUCAUCCUUGUAG